GGUUCCCAACUUAGGGGUUUUCCCCCCAGAUUUAGGGGGCAAAUAAGUGAAAUGGGAUUUUUUUAGGGGUCUGAAAUUUUUAGGGGUUUUUUCAGGGAUUUUAUGACUCUUUAAUAUUUUUAAAUUGAUGAUAAUUUUAAUAUUUCUUUCUUGGCCUAGCGACUUAUAACGACAUAUAAUACGUUAUUCUACAACCACUCUGAGGCAAUUGGAGGCAAUUUUUAUCGAAUAAAAAAAAUUCGUAAAUUUAUUCAUUGUCAACAUGUAUGAUUUCAAAAAAUCUGAAUCUUCAGAUAAAGACGUAGUAUUUUGUCUGUAUUAAAUAUAGACUUUUGAAACAUAUGACAGCAUAUUAUUUCUAAAUUAUUAUGAAUUUAUAUUUUUUAUGGGGACAACUCAAUAAUUAAGGCGAUUUUAGGGGUUUUUGACACCAACUUUAGGGAUAAAUAUUUUGGAGAGUUGGUAACACUGAUUUGAAGUGCAUUGGGGAGUAAAUAUGUUCCUUGGCAUUGGGUUAUUUAGUUUUCUCCUCGGUUUUUGCUUUGAGUCGAGAUCCUGAAUAAUCUACUUGCCUCCUUGCUACCAGUGACUGUUUCUGUGAGAAACUUAACGUAUUAUCAUGUCUCAAGUGAGAAAGUGUUGUGUUGUCGCUUGCAAUGCUACCAGCGAGACUCAUCGUCUUUUUUACUUGCCAAAGAACGAUAAAUUACGAGAAUUGUGGUUGACUUUCUUGAUUCCUGUGAAUGUAAAGCUCAGUGGUUUGUCGAAGGCACAAUUAGUGACUAAACAAGUAUGCCAAAAGCACUUCGACAGACAUCAGUUUGACAAUAAGGGCAACCGGCUUGCGCAUGGUUAUCCAUGCUUGUUUACUGAAGAUGAAAUACUUCACGGAGUUCCUUUGAGCACAUUAGCUGAACAUGACUUGAGGGAUCAUAACUAUGCUUUACCACCAACCAACUUGGAAGCUACAACCGUUUUCACUGAAAGUACCAUUGUUAUUGGUUCCACGACAACAGACAAGACACCUAUGCAAGAAGAUAGCAAUAUAGAUAUUGAAACAGAUAAACCUGAUGAAACCGAACGCAGGAUAGAUUUAGACAACACCUCGUCUUCUAACGGUUGUAAUAUUACUGAGCCUUAUCCUGAAUUUUUGGAAACCGAAUUCCUUGAUGAUAUAGAUAUUGAUGAGGACCCAUUGGCAUUAGUCCCAGAAUCAGAAUCAGAAGAAAUGGAGAUCCUCUACGACCUUGAGCCAUCCAUAGAUCUAAAAAUGCAGGACACACUAAAUCUACAUGCGCAAAUAUUAAAAAAAGGACUGAAGAAAGAUACCAAAGAAGCACUUUUCAAACAGUACAUUAUACCAGAAAAGUUUUCAUUAUUGCAUGCUCCAAAAUUAAAUCCAGAAUUAUCAGAGGCAGUAACAGAGAGAAUCCGUGCGAUAGAUGCAAGAGUAGUGGUGGCACAAGAACAGUUGGGUCAAGGAAUUGCCGCCCUCUAUGAAGGUUUAGAAUUGCUGAUAAAUGAUUCCAAGGAGAAUCUUGCAAUAAAAGCUUUAAGUGACAGUUGUCAGAUAUUAUGCGAUCUACAUCACAUGCAAACACAAUCGAGGAGGAAUCUAAUAGAGACAAAUGUAGACAAAGAAUUAUUAAAUGUAUUACAAGAUCUAGAACGUGACGCUUUUCUUUUCGGAAACCAUCUUUCAGAAACAAUAAAAGAAUGUAAAGAAAAAGAGAAGACCCAAAAGUUAGUAUUAGUAAAGAGUAAUCUAGACACUGAAAUCUUGAAUUUUAUACAAGAUGAGAAUCAAGAGUUUUCUUUAGAAAAUGAAGUUAUAGCUGACACAAAUGCAAGUAAAGACAAUACAAUAAGAGGCCCGCGGAAGAUUGUAUUUGUUGACAUUAAUGUAGACAAUAAAGGAAAAGAUGUAAAGCAAGAUUUACGUUUAGAAAAAGAAUUUGAAACAACAAAACUGGGUACCCAAAAGGUGAUCAAUCAUAAUAUAGGUCAAAAAUACUCUAAUGUCUUACAAGAUUUGCCAUUCAGAUAUGAACUUUUAGAAAAUUCAAACACAAGUAAAAACAUUGAUGAACAGAACUUAGAAGAAACAGAAAUUUUAGACAUACAGUUCCCAAAUGUCAUAAACGCCGAAAAAGGUUUACUUGGAAAUAAUCGUGCUCGAAAAAUUAAAGCAAGUGAAGACGCUGUGAAACAAUUGCAUAUUCUUUCUCCAUCAAAAAGGCCGUCAACAUCUGCUCGACAAGCUGUUCUCCAGUCGAUAAAUUCAACUUUGUCGUCUAACAAACAGGGUGGGUUGAAGAGGAAUAUAGUUCGGAAAGUGAAAUUCUUGCGUCCAGUGAAGAGAGCUACUCCUACCAGAGUAGACAGUGUGCAACCAACUAGCGAUGAAGAUUCACCUGCAUGGAUGUACAAGACAUGACGAAACGAAUAACCAUAUGCACAGUAUAAAGAAGAACAGCACAUAAAAGUGUUUUCCAUUUAGGAAAAGAGGAUUACAGAGGACUCCACCGACUACUAUGAAGAAAACACAGAAGACCAUCCAAAGAAGCAUUAAUCAAAACAACUGCACCAAGGAGUCGGCUCCUAAGAAAAUGACGCAACAAAUUUUUCACCCUAGCCUUUUUCACAAAUAUUCUAUUAAUGACUCCAACAACAACCAACAAAGAAAAAACAGACAUAAAUGAAUGGCAAAAGGAUAACACACCCUUUAGGAGGACAAAAAGGAAAGAGACAAGCCCAAUACAAAACGAUAUGACCAAAAAGCUUAAAAACACCUCAACUUUCCAAUUUCCCACACACAACAGUUUUGAUCUUCUUGAUGAAGAAACACCAAAUGAAAUCAAAACCAAAGGCAAAGAAUAUAUACCAAAACCAGAACCUAUUUUUGUAACAGGAGUUCUCGACAUAGGAUCCCUAAAGAGUAAACUAAACGAACUUAUUCAAACAGACCAGUAUACCAUGACUACUCUAAGAUCCGGACAUGUAAUAAAAAUAAUGCCAAAAGACAUUCAAACCUAUAAAAUCAUUAGAGAAAACUUUAUCUCCACCAAUAUAUCACACUAUACAUAUCAGUUAAAGAGUGAAAGAGCAUACAGAGCAGUUUUACGUGGUCUUCACGCUUCAGAAGACAUAUCUCAAAUAUCAAAAGAACUUGAGCGUAAUGGACAUCAAGUAAGGCAAAUAGUCAACAUAAGGCACAGAGUAACAAAGGAUCCAUUGCCCAUAUUUUAUGUGGACCUUGAACCAAGGCCGAAUAAUAAAGAAAUAUUUAAUAUUCAAUACCUAAACCAGAUGAAAAUUGCUUUUGAAGCUCCCUACAGAAAGAAAGAAAUUCCUCAAUGUAAAAGAUGCCAAAGAUUUGGACACACGAAAAACCAAUGCUACAGACCUUUUCGCUGUGUCAAAUGCGGCGAAGAUCAUCCUACAACACAAUGUACUAAAAAACCUGAUACUGAGGCAACCUGUGCAAACUGUGACGAAAAACACCCAGCCAGCUACAAAGGUUGCAAAAUCUACAAACAAUACAAAGAAAAAAUCACAAAGACUGCUCCUAAAUAUAAAGUAAAUCAACCAAAACGCACUGAAGAGACCAAUAAAACAGCCAACCUGACUCUUGGAAUAUCAGACUUUAAUAAAACAUAUGCCCAAGCUGCUAGGACCAAAUCAACAACUCCUACAACACAGAGAAGAAAUGACGUUAAUGACAUGAGAGAUAUAAUGGGGACAAUGUUAGAAAAACUGCAAAACACAAUGCUGACAAUGAUGGAAAAAAUGAUCGACAAAAUGAUGGACCGUAUGGUUCUACUAGUCAACAGCCUAGUGAAAAAAUGACUCGCAACCUCCGAGUUGUUACUUGGAACGCCAAUGGCUUGACGGAACGACGUCAAGAACUUGAAACCUUCCUACUUAUUGAAAAUAUUGACAUUGCUUUAAUAUCCGAAACGAGGUUCACACCAAAAACUCACAUAACAUUAAAAAAUUACACCAUCUAUACGACAAAUCACCCUACAGGAAACAACCACGGGGGUACUGCAGUCAUUAUUAAAACCAGUAUUAAACACUACGUCUUGGCGGAAUAUCGCAUAGAAAAAAUACAAGCAACAUCUAUUGCCCUACAAGAUAACAAAUUUGAAACGGUAUUUGCUGCUGUCUACUGUCCUCCUAAACACACAAUAACUGCUCAAGACUACAAAGAUUACUUCUCUACUCUUAGUAAUAGAUUUAUCAGUGGGGGUGACUGGAAUUCAAAACAUCUACACUGGGGAUCUAGGUUGACCAACACAAGAGAAAGGCAACUCUUCAAAUCAACACAAGAAAUGAAACUGGAAUGCUUAUCAGGUGGAGAGCCUACCUAUUGGCCAACUGACAGAAAUAAGAUUCCGGAUCUCUUAGAUUUCUUCAUUACAAAAAAUAUUGACAGCAAUUAUAUCACAGUGGAUUCAUGCAUAGACCUAACUUCAGAUCAUACCCCAGUUAUCUUAAAUAUGAAUACAACAGUAACUCUAGUUAACCCACUACUCAAAAUAUACAACUCCAGAACUACUAACUGGGAAACGUUUAAGUUUGUAAUAACAACAGAAACAAAUCUUAAAAAUAAAAUUGGCUCAAAAGAAGAGUUAGAAGAUGAAAUAGAGAAAUUAAAUAAGACUAUUCACAAGGCAUCUAAUAUUGCUACCCCUAAAGGAAGAAAUGAAGGGUACCCACCAAAGCAUUACUCAAAUCUGAAAGAUAUAAAACAAAAAAAUCAGAAACGUCGGAAACUGAGAAAGAUUUGGCACACAACUGGAUAUCCAUCAGAUAAAGCAGCGUUUAAUAAAUUUUCUGAUGAACUUAAACAGUAUAUAAAUACUUUGGAAAAUGACAAUAUUCAUCGCAUGCUUUCAAAUCUUGACCCAACAAAAGAAACUAACUACUCACUGUGGAAAGUCACCAAAAACUUAAAGCGUCCUAAACCCCAUAUACCACCUAUCGACAAUAAUAAAGGCGGAUGGGCUAGAACUGAUUUAGAGAAGGCUAUAACAUUCGCUGAACAUUUAUUCACUGUUUUUCAACCGCUCACUGAGGGUUGCCAUGAACAUGACAUAAAAAUCAGAGAAUACCUAGGAACAGCGAAUCAAAUGUGUAUGCCCUUAAAAAAUAUAAGCCCUAAAGAAGUAUUCGAAGAAAUGAAGUUACUUCAGGAGGGUAAAGCACCUGGAUAUGAUCAAAUUGACGCCACACUUCUGAAGAAACUUCCAUUCAAAGGAAUAAUGAAACUGGUACACAUUUUUAAUGCCUGCAUAAGAUUUGAACACCUUCCUGGUCAAUGGAAGAUAGCUCAGGUAAUAAUGAUAGCUAAACCUGGGAAACCACCACAAAAGGCAUCCUCGUAUAGACCUAUCAGCCUAUUGCCAGUUAUUGGAAAGCUUUUCGAGCGAAUACUCCUUAAUCGAAUGAAGGAACAUUUGAGUACAGUGUUGCCAAACCAUCAGUUCGGAUUCCGCGAAAAGCAUGGCACUGUGGAACAAGUUCACCGAAUCGUUGAUAUCAUUAGCAGAAGCUUAGAAAAUAAACUAUACUGCUCCGCUGUCUUUCUAGAUAUUAGCCAAGCAUUUGAUAAGGUAUGGCACGAAGGCCUCAUCUUUAAGCUAAAAAGAUGCUACCACACAGUUUUCUUGCCAUAUUAAAAUCAUACCUGGAUAAAAGGAGUUAUCAAGUUAAAUUUAAUAACGACUGCUCUAACCUUUAUGAAAUCAAUUCCGGAGUUCCCCAAGGUAGCAUACUGGGCCCUGUAUUAUAUCUAAUCUUCACUGCCGAUGUCCCAACAAACGAUUCCACAUCAAUAGCGACAUACGCUGAUGACACGGCCUUGUUAUGCUCACAUUCAAACUCUUCUACAGCUUCGUUUUUGCUACAGAAUCACCUAAGGGAAAUAGAAAAGUGGUUCAAACAGUGGAAAAUAAAAGCUAAUGAAAAUAAAUCUGUCCACGUCACAUUCACACUCUGAAGAGAAUCCUGCCCCCCUGUUAAACUAAACGACAAAAUGAUACCUCAGGAAGACGAUGCUAAGUAUCUAGGAUUACAUUUGGAUAGAAGACUGACAUGGCUAAAACAUAUUUGGACAAAGAGAAAACAAUUGGAUGGCAAGCUACGUUCUUACAGCUGGCUACUAGGACGACACUCGCAACUUACUGACACAAACAAAAUGCUAAUAUAUAAAGCAGUGCUAAAACCGAUCUGGACGUACGGCAUACAGCUGUGGGGAACGUUCAGUAAUUCAAAUAUUGAAAUACUGGAAAGAUUCCAAAAUAAAGCACUAAGAACAAUGUUUGGCAUCCCGCGAUGUAUCAGCAAUAAAUACAUGGCCGACAGGCGUUUUGGCAUGUAUUGUCAAAAAAAAAUAUUUAAUAAAUUUAAUUUUCAUGUGUUAAUUUUCACAACUCAAAAAUAUGAAAAAAAAAAUUGUCAUUGUAGUACAAUGAUAAUGAACUAUUUAAGACCUUUUAAAAAAAGUGUCAACUAGCUAAUAUAAUAAGUAAGAAGUAUGUAUAUUGACUAGAGCAGUCUCUAGGCAUUAUGACAUACUACAUAUAAUUAUUUUCACAAAUGCCUUGAUUUAGAAAGUUAACUGAAAUAAACAUAUUUAGAAUUUUGGAAAGCGGAAUGGCGGAAAAAUUUCAUACAUUACUGGUUCUAGCAGGCUUAUUCACUAUCUUUGACGUAUGCUAGUUGACACUCGAGUUACGAAAUUGUGACUAUGUAAUAAAUGUAAACCGGUGCCUGCUAGAUAUCAUACAGUAGGUCGAUGACAUUUUGUCAAUUGAUUUGAUGUUUAUUUUAAUAGGUUGAUAAAAAGACUAAGAGGCCAGCUGAUUUGUCAAAUUAUGUGUCAUUUAUUAUUAAAUAAUAAUAUCAGUUUUAGAAUGUUUUAAUUUCAGUUUGAUUGACAGUAGCAGAAAUGCGACUUCAACGAAAAAUAUACAAUAACUGUGAAUUUUAAUUAUUACUUUGAUGAUUUUGAUUUAUUGUAAAAGAAUUUUUGUCAUUUAUUUUUUUCUGUAUUGUGUUGAGCCUAAUAGUUGAUAUUCAUUUUUAUAAAAUUGAACAGUUUGUAAUGCUCAGAAUACAGAAAAACACCAGAAGCCACGUUUAGAUGUCAUUAUAUAGCGUGCAGUGUGUCCAAAAAUUGUAGCAACAUCCCGCACUCUUCGCACUUCUAAUGUUGCUAGUACAUGACGCUGUUAAAUUUUUCCCUAUUUUGUGGUAAAAGUUUAUAAUGUUAGAAGGAAAACAAUAAGUGUACAGUUCAUCACAUUAAAUGUUAACUUAUAUGGUAAAUAAAAAAAACAGUGGGACCGGUUUUCUAUACUACUAUCGUUAACAACUGAGUCUUAGGGCCAUAAAUCAUUUCUCUAUAUCUAUCUCGCUUGCACUUAUGGGUCUUAUGGAGCCGUCUAGUGAAGGGUGUAACAAUGAAAGACAUAUUAUCGAUAAGUAAAGUUUAUUAUCGUAUCUUGUUCACAAAAUUAAAAAAAUUAACAAUAUUUGAUUUAAUAUAAUACAUAUUUCAUAUUAUAUAAUUAUUAACUAAAUAAAAUUAAUCUUCAUCUGAGUCUUCAUCAUCAGAAUCUUCGUCUUCUGCCAAAUUUAUUAUAAGCGGCGCGUGAUCUCUAAUUAGAGCUUUUUGUAAAUCUUUGUUUUGAAGUUCUUCGGCAUGCCUAACACAUUUGGCCCAGUCUUCUCGUGAUCAGAAUCGUCCAAAUCAUUAUUGACUCAUCAUUAGCACGUGCGCAGGUAGCCGUUUAUCGAUAAUUAGGGUGCGCAGGUAGGCGCGCUGCACAUUCCUAUCUUUUUUGACUUUUAUGACCGGACGACUCAGAUGAUAACGCGCAUACUAUAGUGAUUGCUAAGAGUCAGCAAGAAAAUGAACUCUUGCUUGGAAAAUUAAUAUAAUUAUUAUUUAUCUAUACCUUAUUUGCAAAAUUGAAUGACAAUAGCUUAAUUUUACUGCCCAAAUUUAAAAAUGGACGCAAUUUUGAUUUUAUUUAGGUAUUAUAGGACCGAUUUUUUUUUAAAUAGAUAUUUUAGUAUCGCUUAUUAAUCAUAAAAUAAAAUAUGCAGUAGAAAUUUAAUAAUUAAGUGGAACCCUGACCACUGGUUGCUUGGGCACUCUGAUGUCCCGCAGCGGGAGAUUUUUUUUUUAUAAAUUUUUAAUAGUAUUUUGUAUUUUUUUAACGUUUAAAAAAAAUUUAAGACAAGGACAAAUAAAUAAUAGAUAUAAUAUGACGGUUAUUAUAAUACUUAUCAACUAACAAAGUAAAGAAAUACAUAUUUACAAUAAUAAUUUUAUAUAUUCCAUAUAAUUAUAUGAAAUUAUUAUUAUAAAUAUGUAUUUCAAUCGCGUGCACAGUUAUUAUUAUCUCGUCUUAUUUCUCUUAAAAUUCAAGUAUAAAUAAGCAAUUUUAUUUCAACUUACUUGCCGGAACCUAUGCCUACCUAUUUAGUUGAUUAAUAUUUUACUUAAAUAAUAAAUCCUUGAAUAGAAAUUAAAAGUAGGGAAAAUCAAAACCAUUACAUUGGCAACACUUACAAAAUGAAGGCAUCGGUUUCUAUGACAACGAAAUUUACGUAAAAAUUAUUCAUUAUUAUAUCAUAAGAAUAUUAAUUUGUGCUACUUACACGUGAAAUGUGAUACUAUCCAGUUUCUUUUUUUUUUACCAACGGCAUUUUUACACGAAGGAAUAGCACAAGACGGCUUAAUUUAAUUAAAUUUGUCACCUGUAUAGCACGUCAAAUAACACGACAAACACAGAGUGAGUAAUCGCUUGGUGGUGUACUAACCCAUAAAAUGAGUAGUUUAAAUGGCUUCACUUCUUUGCGCUAUCACCCCUUCUAGUGUUAUUCUGUAUUCUGAGUUGUAAUGGUUACUUACCGCCUCGGCGAUGUCCAUCCAAACCAUGGAUUUGGCUAAGUUGUCGUUGCUUGAAGGUGUCUUGUCCCAAUUCCAAUAAGUGAGUUCCUUGAAACCGCCGAUUACCUAUAAUACCAAAACUUAUUUAUAAAAACAAUAAAUAAAUUAUGUUUUUAUUA